AUGCUCAUUACACACAGUAACUACAUUACACAUGCUCAUUACACACAGUAACUACACUACACAUACUCAUUACACACAGUAACUACACUACACAUACUCAUUACACACAGUAACUACACUACAUAUGCUCAUUACACACAGUAACUACAUUACAUAUGCUCAUUACACACAGUGACUACACUACACAUACACACACUACACACAUUUCAUACAAACAUUACACUGCAGAUACUACACUACACACAGGACCUACACUACACACUGGCACUACACUACACAUACACUCAGUAUACACAGGCACUCAAUUAAACAUGCACACACCACACACAUACACACACUACAUACAUUUUACAUAAACCUUAUGCUGCAGGCACUACACACAGUCACUACACGACACAUACAUGCAGACACUAAACAUACACAGGCACUAGACUACAUAAGCCAGUGUUUCCCAACUAGGAUGCUUUAGCUGUGGCAAAACUACAGCUCCCACCAUGCCCGGACUGCCUAAGCCUGGAGGCACCCUGGUUGGGAAACACUGACAAAAGCCCUAGAUACACACAAUACUUACAGUCCCUUUCCUCUAUGAUGCCUGGGACUAUGAUGUUACCAAAGAUGUCCACCCCAUCUACACCUCAUUUUCUAGUGACGGACCUGCAUCUAAUAAGCUAAUAGAUCUAAAGUAGCAAAAUCAAACAGAAAUCUAGAGGCAAGACAAUGGUCAAGAAGAUGGUCAAAGGUUAACUAGCAGUCAUCUGGAUUCUUACUGGUUGACAUCAACCAAGAGCCAUACUGUGGCCCAUGGUUGUGCCCAGCAAGCUGGUGGCCUCAGUCAGAACAAGAUUCUGAAGUAACCAUGUGAUCACCUAAACCUGAAGAAUGGAUAACGUGACGUCAGUCCCCAUUGGGAAGAAUUCAUGUACCUUCCAUGAGGAGUUUAAGCAGAUCCUCCUUCCUGUGGUCUACUCUGUGGUCUUGGUCUUCGGUCUACCCCUCAAUUUUAUCAUUAUCCUUCAAGUAUGUCUCGCGAGAAAGGCCCUCACCCGCACUGCCAUCUAUACCCUGAAUUUAGCCGUGGCUGACUUCCUCUACGUGUGCUCCCUCCCUCUCCUCAUAUAUAACUAUGUCCAGCAUGACUACUGGCCAUUUGGGGACUUCACUUGCCGAUUCGUCCGGUUCCAGUUCUACACCAACCUUCAUGGAAGUAUCUUGUUUCUCACCUGUAUGAGCUUUCAGAGAUACCUAGGCAUCUGCCACCCCUUAUCUGUCUGGCACAAAAAGAGGGGCAAAAAGUUCACGUGGGUGGUCUGUGGGAUAGUCUGGUUUAUUGUCAUUGUCCAGUGUAUACCCACCUUCCUUUUUGCUUCUACCGGGACCCAGAGGAAUCGGACAGUUUGCUAUGACUUGAGCCCCCCAGCCUUAUCCUCUCAGUAUUUUCCAUAUGGGAUAACAUUGACUUUUACUGGCUUCUUGAUCCCUUUCAUUGCCAUUUUAUGUUGUUAUUGUGCCAUGACCAAAAUCCUCUGCCAGAAGGAUGACCUUGCCGAUGUAGUGGCACGUCGUAGGAAGGACAAAGCCAUCCGUACAAUCAUCAUUGUGGUCCUGGUCUUUGCCAUAAGCUUCUUUCCUUUCCAUCUCACCAAAACCAUCUAUUUGGUUGUUCGUUCCAAGUCUGGGGUCCCAUGUUUGACGUUGCAGACUUUUGCCAUUGUGUAUAAAUGCACGAGGCCCUUUGCAAGCAUGAACAGCGUUCUCGACCCCAUCUUGUUCUAUUUUACCCAGCAAAAAUUCAGGCAAAGCACCAAAUUAUUAGUUAAAAGGGUCACCACCAAAUGGAAGACUGAAGCAACCAUCGCUCAAUAAUGACACAACUGCAAACCUAAGAUUGAGAGCAACCUAUUAGAAAUCCACAAAGGAAAGAUGGCACAAAUGUAUAUCAGUCUUAAUGGAGAUGGGACAAUAGCCAAAAUAUGUGCAUUUGUGGCCAAGAACUGCCUGUAGAAACCAUACAGUAACACUGAAAAAUGGGAGUCGAAGAUUAUACAAUGUGUAGAAAGAAACUUAAAUGGGUUCUUCGGGGAUGUUUUAUUUUGCUAUUGUCCCAGCCUGCUUAAAAAAAUCAGGGGAUCAGGAUGCCCCAUCUCUGACCGGUCUCCGUGGAAAAUCUCCUUAACUGGAGGCCGCCAGAGCUGUAGAUGUGACAUCAUUGGCUGCAGCAGCGAUUGGUGAGCAACACUGUCAGUUCUGGGGCACCCAGAUAAUGGAGCUUCAAGGCAGCAGAGGAACGGGAGUUAAAGCUUUUAUAAUUUUUUUGGGCAGGCUGGCCUAAAAAAAUUUCAAUGGACAACCCCUUUAAUGUGAUAGCGAAAAUCUUGCAUUUGAUUGGAGAUUCAAGUUUGGUAGCAGGGUAGACACCAUUCUCAUAUCAUGGAAAGAAAAUAGGGCCCAGUCUUUAUCCAUAACUGAAGGGAAAUGAAGAUGAGCAGAAAAAAGGGGAUGGCCAUGGGGUCAAAACUCACUUAUGUCCUCUGUUUGUAUCUCACAAUAACAUUCAGUGCCAACAAUGUUUUCUCUGUGUGGCAAGGACAGGUAACAAUACUAAAAACAUUGAUACACACAUAAUAUGAAACUUAUCCAAAAAUUAUAUGGAUUCUGUGUUUAGGUCAGAAACACGGACAUUUCAGACAGCUUUUCUUUUUUUUUUUUUUAUGUCACCGGAGAACUCUCUUGCCACAGAGUGGAAACCAUAUUGAAACCACAAUUGAUUUCUGCAGGGUGGGGUGUACAAUGUACAUAAGGUUAUGGGCAAACAUGUAAAUAAAAACCGAAAAUGUGAAUUAAAUAAACUCUAGGUCUCUGGUUAUAGAAGUUUAAUACGUAGUUUUUUUAAAGCGACAAUAUUGUGGAUCGUAAUGUGAAUUGCAGCAAUGAGUAAAUCCAUUAAAGGGGUACCCCACUGCCCCAGCAUGCAGAAUGUUUAGUUCAGAAUGCUGGGUGCAGCGGUCGUGACGUCACGGCCGCGCCCCUUAUGACGCCACACCCCCUCAAUGCAAGUCUAUGGGAGGGGGCAUGACGUCCGAUGUCACGACCCAGUCUUGAUCCAUAAUUGAAGGGAAAUGAAGAUGAGCAGAAAAAGGGGAUGGCUAUGGGGUCAUAACUCACCCCUGACUGCUGAAUUAAUGUUAUGGGCACCAUAAAUUUAUGACAAAUGCUAUGACUCUGAGAAGAGAUGUUGUGGUGAGUAGGGUAAGGGGGUACAUCUUGAGACCUUCGCUUUAGGCUCCAGAAGGAGCGAUUUUUACCCUGGCUGCACUGAUGAAUACAUACAGAUAUGUAGUUAUAUACUUGCUCACUGCUAAGUGAAUAUGCCCCACUGUAUCUUGUCAGAGUAUCAAAGGUUAUUGACCGAAUCUUAUAUACUGAGACCAAUAUUACCAGUAUACAAAGGACAAAUACUACUGCCACAUCAUGACCACUAUCACUACCACAUCAUAAGGACUAAUACCACUACACUGCUACUAAAUACAAUCUACUAUAUAAAGACUGAUACCCCUCCCCCCAUACAGUGCCUAUAUAGUGGUAGAUACAAUCUCUACACAGUUGCUGCAGACCAUAUAAGUGAUUACAGUGCAGUUACAUCCUGUGACUUACAGGUGACGUCUUUUCUGAAAGGACUAACUCAUCCGGACUAACUCAUCUCCACAGAACCUGCCAGACAAACAUUUUCCUCUUUUUUUCUCCAGCACCUCCUCAACUUCUUAUAAACUUUGCAUAUGUAUUGCCACACACAAUAAUAGUGCCAGCUUUGUUCCCCAUAUAGUAGUUAGGCCUUCUCUUGGCCCCAAUAUAGUAGUUAAAGGGGUACUCCAUGUGGAAAAAAAAAUUUUUUAGGUCUUUAUAAGUCAACUAGUGCCAGAAAGUUAACCCCUUAAGGAACCGGGGUUUUUCUGUUUUUGCAUUUUCAUUUUUUCCUCCUUACUUUUAAAAAAUCAUAACUCUUCCAAUUUUGCACUGAAAAAUCCAUAUGAUGGCUUAUCAUUUGCGCCACCAAUUCUAGUUUGUAAUGAUAUCAGUCAUUUUACCCCAAAAUCUACGGUGAAACGGAAAAAAAAAUCAUUGUGAGACAAAAUAGAAAAAAAAAACACAAUUUUGUAACUUUUGGGGACUUCUGUUUCUACACAGUACAUUUUUCGGUAAAAAUGACACCUUCUCUUUAUUCUGUAGGUCCAUGCGAUUAAAAUGAUCCCCUACUUAUAUAGGUUUGAUUUUGUUGUACUUCUGGAAAAAAUCAUAACUUCAUGCAGGAAAAUGAAUACGUUUAAUAAUGUCAUCUUCUGACCCCUAUAACUUUUUUAUUUUUCCGCGUAUGGGGCAGUAUGAGGGCUCAUUUUUUGCGCUGUGAUCUGAACCAUUUACCAUUUUUACAUUGAUAGGACUUAUUGAUCACUUUUUAUUCAUUUUUUCACGAUAUAAAAAGUGACCAAAAAUACGCUAUUUUGGACUUUGGAAUUUGUUUAAUUAACAUAUUUUUAUGAUUUGGCAUUUCCACACACGGCAAUACCACAUAUGUUUAUUUUUUUUACACUGGGUUUUUUUAUGGGAAAAGGGGGGUGAUUCAAACUUUUAUUAGGAAAGGGGUUAAAUGAUCUUUAUUCACUUUUUUUCCCCACUUUUUUUGGCAAUGUUAUAGUUUCCAUAGGGACCUAUAACACUGCACACACUGAUCUUUUACAUUAAUCACUAGUUUCUCAUAGGAAACCAGUGAUCGAUGAUUCUGCUGCUUGACUGCUCAUGCCUGGAUCUCAGGCAUUUAGCAGUCAUUCGGCGAUCGGACAGCAUGGAGGCAGGUAGGGACCCUCCGGCUGUAAUGUAAGCUGUUCUGGAGGCCACGAUUUCGCUGCGGCGAUCCCAAACAGCUCCCUGAACUAACCGGCAUGGUUUUACUUUCACUUUAGACACGGCAUUCAACUUUGAACGCCGGGUCUAAAGGGUUAAUAGUGCACGGCACCGCAAUUAGUGCUGCGCGCUAUUAGCCGUGGCCCCGCGUUAUAGAACGGGAGCGGACUCAUGAUGUACCGGUAUGUCAUGGGUCCUUAAGAGGUUAAACAGAUUUGUAAAUGACUUCUAUUAAAAAAUUCUUUUCUUUUUGAAUUUCUUUUUUGUCUUGUCCACAGUGCUCUCUGCUGACCCCUGAUGCCCGUAUCAGGAACUGUCCAGAGCAGCAUAUGUUUGCUAUGGGGAUUUUCUCCUGCUCUGGACAGUUCCUGAUACGGGCAUCAGGUGUCAGCAGAGAGCACUGUGGACAAGACAAGAAAGAAAUUCAAAAAGAAAAAGAAUUUCCUCGGUAGCAUACAACUGCUAAAAAGUACUGGAAGGGUAAAGAUUUUUUAAUAGAAGUAAUUUACAAAUCUGUUUAACUUUCUGGCACCAGUUCAUAAAAAAAAAAGUUUUCCACCGGAGUACCCCUUUAAGCCCCCCCCCUGUGCACCAUUUCCCAACAGUUCCUCUGUGUCCUCCACGUACUCUGCUUUGAUCCUCUCUGAGCUUCCAGUGUUGGUAAGGUGGUACAGAGACGCUGCCUGCACUGGAAAUCCCCGUCAGCCUCUGUUUUUUCAACCGUGUGUGUGUCUUAAAGGCACAGACACAGUUGAAAGCUGCAGUUGCCCAGGGAUCUGGGAUAUGUGUCCUGGAUUCCAGGCCCUGUAUUGUGAAUCCUUUAGGAAUUCUAUUAUGUGCAUUCUUUAGCGUGCAUUCUAUUAUGUGCAUUCUUUAGCGUGCAUUCUAUUAUGUGCAUUCUUUAGUGUGUAAUGUGAAUACUUUAGUGUGCAUUCUAUGAUGUGAAUAUUUUAGUGACCAUUCUAUUAUGUGCAUUCUUUAGUGUGCAUUCUACGUUGUGCAUUCGAUGAUGAGCAUUCUUUAUUGUAAAAUAUUAUUUUGUGCAUAUUUUGUGUAUUCUAUUAUGUGCAUUGUAUUGUGUGCAUUCUAUCAUGUGAUUUUUUUUAAUGUGCAUUCUAUUGUGUGCAUUCUUUUUGUGUGCAUGUGUGUUCUAUAAUGUACAUUCUAUUGUGUGCAUUCUUUUGUGUGCUUUCUAUUGUGUACAUUAUUUAGGGUGCAUUCUUUAAAGAGGUACUCUGCUGCUUAGCGUUUGCAACAACUGUUCCGAACGCUGGAGCCAGCGCCGGGAGCUUGUGAUGUCAUAGCCCUGCCCCCUCAUGACAUCACGCUCCGCCCCCUCAAUGCAAGUCUAUGUCCCAUAGACUUGCAUUGAUGGGACGGGGUGUGAUGAAAUGAGGGGGGGUGGCUAUGACAUUACAAGCUCAGAGCUCCAGCAUACGGAACAGUUUGUUCCAGAUGAUGAGCACCUUUAAGGGCCUUUCUAGGACUUUCAUACUGAUGUUCUGUCCUUAGAACAGGUAAUUAGAAGGUAGAUAGGUAGGUGUCUAAUUCCCAGUAAUACCGGGCAAAACCGAUAUAAAAUCUUUGUAACUGUGUGAAAUAGACAAUUAAUUAGAUGUGGCGCUGAAAUUUCAUAUUUCCCCCCAAGCAAGUAUAUAGAUUUUUGUAAUGUUUUGUAGGCCAAAUUGUAGAUAAAUGAAGUUGUAUAAAAUGCAGUCAUUCUCCUUUGUUAUAAUGUGACAGUAUUGUGAUCUGUAAAUUAUGUUCUUAUCAGUAAAUUCUAUACUGCACAGAUAUAUUACCUUACAGUACUUAUUAUAGAGGUGGGUCAUACCACUACUAUGGGUCUAAAUGAAGGAAAGGUUUAGCACUGAGUAACAUUACACAGUAAUAACUUUUGGGGAAGGAUGCUUUUUAUUUUGUUAUGCCCUACUAUAAAGAUAUAACACAAUUGCAAAAAAGGGGACCGCUAUGGGGUCAAAACUUACCCUGACAAUCAGAGAAUGAGGCUACCAAUGCUGUUUCCUAAGCUCCUUUAUUUAUGUGCAAAUGUGACGUACACCUAUUAUAUGUACAGUGAAUAUACAGAAUCGGUAACAUUGGUAUCCCCUGUUUUGGUAUCAAAUGUAAAAUGUGAAUUUUGUUUCUGGAUUGUAAAUAUUAUGGAUAUAUUCUGUAAAUAUAUUGUUACACAAACUGGAUCUCAGAAUAAAAAUAAAGUAUGUAA